AGUCUUCAGUUGAACAAUGAAUGUUGCUGCAGUCACAUUUCAAUAGUGCCAAUCUUUCAUGGACGAUGUCAGAAACUAAGCAAGAGAAUGUCAUUCAUGGGUCACCGCGAGUGCCAUUAUUUGUAUCUCUGUGCUCGUUUCCUGCACUUCUUUCACUCUUUCAUUCAUUUAUUCAUUCAUUCUCGUACAACUUGCAGGUACGCUGCACACAUGACUAUACAAACGUAGGCAAAUUUACUUAAUAGUUAAUACAACGCCUGGAAGCAGCAACACUUCAUGUAAAGUUUUUGCCUAAUCUUCAGCAAGUCAUUCAGUUUUACUAAACCGCCGGGCUAUACCAAAAAUACAAAUACUUUUUGGCUAAAAAAGGUUGCUAGAUUAUUUAACUGCAGUCAUCCAAAUCGGUCACUGCUCUAUUCUUGCACAUACAUUUCGAUGUGGGCCAUAUCGGCUUUGGUCAGCCGGUAUAGCUAGUACGCGACCCGGUCAUUUUCAGCUUAUCGACAGUUGAUCAUCGAUCACGACCAUUUAUCCGAUUGCCAGUAGGCAUUGAUGCCUUUUUCGCCGUCUGCCGCCUACCACCUUGCGAUAUCACCAAUCGAGACAAGCUUCUAGGACAUUUUGAGGGACUUCUGUAUGGGCCUGUGCCUGUCUCUGUGGUUCAGCUGUGGUCUGGCCGUACCAGGCUGGACCGUCACUCUGGACAGCUGGGUCGGCAGACGACCAGUAACGGUCUGAGCCGACCUUCGGCCGUCGGAUUGGUCCCGGCUGACUCUGCUCGGCUCCCAUCCCGGCCCGGUCGGUCCCAUCCCGGGCCGGUCCGGGAGACCGGCUGCCCUGAGUCGACCACCGGCCGCUAGGGGGCCAGCGACGAGCCGUGACCGCAGCCACCAGAGGCCGGCUGCGGCGACCGCCAGCAGCGCCUGCGAUGUGGCGAAGCCUCGUCCUCUGCUUCCUUCUGCUGGCACUCGCCAGCGGGCUGCGGCCGCCGCGGCGGCGCGCGCGGCCUCUGCGCCGUGGGCCGCCCAGGGGCGCCGUCGCUGCUGACACGCCGGCCGUCGACACCGACACGACGACCCCCGACGCGUCGACGGAGGCACCACCGCCACCGCCCCCGACCACCACUGAACGACCGAGCACGACCACGACGCGCGUGACGACGCGUCGUACCACCGCCGCACCGGAGCCCCUUCCAGAUGUCGACUAUGAGACCGAGUGUCCCGAGAAGUACGGCUUCUUCGCUGAUGCCUUCCAGUGCGACCGCUACUACGAAUGUCACAACUACCAGAUCACAGAACACCUGUGUCCGGACGGUAUGGUGUUCAACGACUUCAGCACCGAGUACGGUCGCUGCGACCUGAUGCACGUGGUCAACUGCACCGGGCGCGAGGAGCUGCAGGAGCCGCAGCCGGCCGGCCCCCUGUGCCCGCGUCAGAACGGCUACUACCCGGACCCAGAUCCGACCAUCUGUAACAAGUUCACCCAGUGCACAGAGGGCAAGGCCAACCACCUGACGUGCCCGGCCGGUCUGCUCUUCUCGCUGACCACCAGCACGUGUCAGUGGCCCGACCAGGCCGGACGCAACUGCAACUCAGAGGAGUACCUGGACUUCCAGUGUCCGGGGACGAAGAUCGUCGCUCCCGGGCCCGGGCAGCCGCUCCACCCGCGGUUCGAGGACCCCAAGGACUGCCAGUUCUUCUUCUCCUGCCUGGACGGUGUCGUGCCGCGCCGCCACGGCUGCGAGCAGGGACGCGUCUUCAACGCCGACACCAAGAGAUGCGACGACCCAGAGAAUGUCUCCAGUAUUAAAUGCCAAAACUGGUACAAAGGAUAAGCGCAGAAAAGACAGUUCCGUCAAGAUGAACCUCAUCCGUUAUCGUGGAAAUUGUCUACAGUGCACCACAUAAACAACUCGUGUGAUAAAUGAGAGUUAUUAAAUUUCCCCAAGCACAUCGUGUCAUUUGCAAUCAGUUGCUUUGGACUCGUCAGGUUUUAUCUUCAGUGGAUUCAAAGUUCAAACAUUGUAUACAGUUUUGGCCAAAGUGCAUCGCUUCUCGUGAUAUGCAGUAAAUACAUCUAAUGACCGUUUUAAACAAAUAGUAUGAAAGUGUGACACCGAAGGAGUCGAAAUACAGAAGUAAUUUUCCGAUA